AGACUUUUGAGGCAUCUUAAGGUCCUGUGGAUUUAUUGUGGAAUAAACCUUUGGGGACUAGUGCUGGUCCACAAAAGCAUACACUAUAGAGGUGAGACACAGCGCCAGGCAAGGUGUACAGGAUGCCUGGGAUGGUGAUGUUUGGGAGGCGCUGGGCCAUAGGCAGUGAUGACUUCGUCUUCCCGGCUGCCUUUGAGCUUUUCAUUAGGGUGAGCUGGUGGAUUGGUAUUCUGGUUUUGUAUUCGAUACACAAAGGGCAAUUGGACUGUCCUGGUGGGAAGCUGUUGCAUAGCUACCUUCUUGUCCUCCUUAUUCUCCUGGUAGCCAUCAUAUGUGCUUUAUCUUCUAUUUUGCAUAUCAGCAUGCAAGGAACAAUUUCCAAUCCUGGGCCAAGGAAAUCCCUUCCUAAAUUGCUGUACUUGCGCCUGGCCCUCUUUUUGCCUGAACUGCUCUGGGCUAUUGUGGGAGCAAUCUGGGUGUCAGACCGAAGCAUCAAAUGUGACAGGACUGUGAUGAAUGCCAUAUUUGGGACAGUGAUUGCCAGCUGGAUUAUCAUUAUCUUCACCAUUGUGGCAGUUGUCGUUGUCUUUGAUCCACUUGGUGGGAAAAAGACCUUGUACCUUACUGGUUGUCCCAAUCACAACUUGGAGAGCAGUCAGUCGGACCAGGUGUUUUAUAAUGUCAAGAAGACUGCAACCCGAGUCUGGGAGAAAAGGAUUCGGUUACUGUGCUGCUGCAUCGUACAAAAUGAUGACCACAGAGUUGCUUUUACCAGUAUUGCUGAACUCUUCCGCUCCUACUUCUCAGACACUGACCUGGUGCCUAGCGAUGUAGCAGCAGGCCUGACUCUGCUCCACCAAGAGCAAGACAAGGUGGAAAAUUGUCCUAAAGAUCCUGAGGAAGUUUUGAUACAGUCGCCAUUGUCUCCUACGGCUGAUGAUUUGGAUCUUGAGAUAGAAAAUGCUGCUCACUAUAUGAAGUUUGCUGUAGCUACUUACGGUUGGCCGUAUUACAUCAUGACAAACCCUUUUACAGCACUCUGUAAGCUUAAAGGUGACUGUUGUAGAAACAGCCCGGUAGAGGCAGAUAUUGUUGGUGGUGACCGUCUAAAUAUGAACUUCGGAUCCAUCUUAAAAAUAACAGGACUGCAAUAUAGAGACUUCAUUCACAUCAGCUUCCAUAAUAAAAUUUUUGAGAUCCCAUUCUUUGUUGCAUUGGAUCACAAGAAAGAGGCUAUCGUGGUUGCUGUGAGAGGAACUUUGUCCUUUGAGGAUAUCCUGACGGAUCUCUCGGCAGACUGUGAAAGCUUAACUCUAGAAGAUAUUCUAGAAAAUGGUCUUGUGCAUAAGGGGAUAACCCAGGCUGCCAACUACAUCUACAGAAGACUAAUAAACGAUGGGAUUUUGAAUCAGGCCUUCACCAUUGCUCCUGAAUAUAAACUGGUUGUAGUUGGACACAGUUUAGGAGGAGGAACGGCCUCUAUCUUGGCCGUCAUGCUCAAAAAUUCUUUCCCGACACUGAAGUGUUAUGCCUUUUCUCCACCAGGUGGUUUAUUAAGUAAAUCACUUGCAGAUUACACUAAACAGUUUAUCGUGUCUGUCAUUGUUGGAAAAGAUGUUGUCCCAAGGUUAAGUAUGCCCAAUAUGGAAGAUCUGAAGAGAAGGAUCAUUAGAAUAGUUGCCAACUGUAACAGACCCAAGUACCAGAUCCUACUGCAUGGAUGCUGGUACGAAGUAUUUGGAGGAGACCCCAAUAAUUUCCCCACUGAACUGGAUGGUCGAAACCAAGAUGCUUUGACCCAGCCUCUCCUAGCUGAAGAGAGCCUCAUGGUUCAUCGGUCACCUUCAUACAACGCUCUAAUAGAGGACGAGUCGCCUUUAAAUUCUCCUCUUCGGUAUCCCCGCUUGUUCCUCCCAGGCAGAAUCAUCCACAUUGUAGAAGAAAACAGCACAAGGAGGUGGUGUUCCUCAGAUGUCAAGUACCAUGCAAACUGGUCAAAAGAAACUGCCUUUGGCAACAUUUUAAUAAGUCCAAAGAUGGUAACAGAUCACAUGCCAGAUGUGGUGGCCAAAGCCCUGAACAGCUUGGCUCAGGAAAGUGUGUCUUGCAUUUCCUGUCAGCCACAAGGAGACUUCUCUACGAACACUGUAUAAUCACAGACAUAAGAAGACGGCAGGCUGGAUAUUGCCUGCUGGUUUCCCCACACCCCGUGUUCACAAGACCUGCUGGUUCAUACUCUCAUCUUAAAUCAUGCCUCAGGUAGAAUCUGGGGGCAUAUCUGAGCAAUUUCAGGAUGAAGGAGAAAAUGCUUCAUGAGCAAUGGUCCUUCUGGAUUAUCCACCUUACUGGGUAACUUCUGUGUGAAGCAGUGAUGAAUACAACACGCGAUCAAAGGCUUAACAAGGUGGCAGUUGAACAGAAUAGCUUGAUAGAGAAGGCAGACAGACGCUGGUGAAAGUAAGUAACCAUGAAGUCCCCAAACUUUAGGUCUGUUUCCACCGCUGAUGUGGCAGAUGCUUUCCUAGACCUGCUGUUUCCCAUAGUGAAGUGGGUCAUAAUGCUUGUAAAUUCCCAAGUAAAAAGAUGUGACAGGGAAAGCAAAGUAUUAAGUUGAAGAGAUGGCUCCUCAUCCCACAGGUGGAUAGGAGCUCAGAGAGAGGUGGGUUGAGCUGAUCAGCCUAGUGUUGCACUAUAGUUAAAUUGCAGAAAUGCUCGAUUUUCCUUCCUGCUGAAGGAAGAUUGCAUUGUAGAUACCUUUCUUGGGCUUAAAGUGUUGUGUGGAUACAUGUGCAAUAUAUUUGUUUACACUGUCAAUGUGUGUUCGAGUCAAACUACCCGUUUGGUUCCUAAUGGUAGGAUUCUGUGUCUAGCAUUCUGCAGUAGGAUAGCCUUGAGAGUGAAGCAACCCAUAACCUACACUGAAGUAUUUUGCUGUCUUAAAGCCCCCUGAAUACUAAAACAAGUCUAGUUCAAAUGGUUCAUUAAGCAGAAACCCAGGGCACUUGCAGCCUCCUUGUUCUACCAUCUCUUCCUUGCAGAUAGCAGAGUGGACUGUUAUCAUUUCAGCCUACAGCCAAGAUGUUUAUUUUUCAAACUUCUAUUGGAUGGCUGAUUCUUGGCAAAUUAUAAAGUUAGCAAAGCAUGGCAUAUCCUAGAGUGGAACUGGUUCCUGAAGUUAAUUCCAAAGGGGUAGUCAUCUGUUGUAGCAAAAUGACACAGAAGGCAAGUACAACCUUAAAGACUAACAAAAUAUAAUCUCUUAGGUGCUCCUUGAUUCCUACGUUUUCAUAGGAAGGAUGUUAAGUAUAGUGGAAGUGGUACAGCCCAUUCUGUCUCACAGAGCUGAAAAUUAGGCCUUGUAGAGGCAGACAAGGGAAAAAUUUCCUAGAAAGCCAUUGAGCAAGAAGAGCCACAGGGCAGGAGAGAAAGGCUUCUGGGAUUGAAUGUUCUCAUUUAUUUUGACCCUGAAGUGCAAACUAGAUUAGCAGCUGCUAUGAAAUAUUUAGAACCUUUCAAGUACACAGGUUGCUGGGUUUAGCAGCAAUUCUCAUUUUAGUAACUCUAACACACACAGGCUUUGCUAAAGUUGCAGUUCCAUUUUUCUACUUUUUAUAUACAUCUGUAUCUUUCCCUGCCUGCCCAAAACAUUUCUUUACCUUUUUAAAAGAAAAAAGGACUAGGAAGGUGCUGUCAAUCUUUGGUCACUGAAACUGUAAGCUCCACGGAAAUAGUAAGACUAACUUCUGAGUAAAUAUACUUAGGAUCUGGUUUCAUGUUGCCUUUGAAUACAGUAUGUGGUACUAACUAGAACUGUAUGCAGCAUUCUACAUGCAUUCACAGCUGUUUUUUUCAUGGAAUUUACACUUCCUAGUCUUCACUACUUGGAGAGAAACAAAGUAACUGAGACUGUCUUCUGCUUUUGCUGUAAAUCACAAUGAAAAGAAUAGUUGGGGAUUGAAAUGCAUUGUGUUCACUCUGCUGUCAAAUUGGGGCAUGCAAAUUGCAUGUUUAAAAAUACAAGUUAAUCAUGUACUCCUUAUAGAUAUUGUAUUGCAAUUGUGAAAGUUUGAACAUAAUGUAUUUGAAUCUGUUAAAAACAUUACUAUUUGAUUGACCCCCGAGUUAUACUAAUAAAUUUGAAUCAAAUCUGAAUUUAAUGGUUUGAUUAUCUGCUUGAAAGAAUAUUUGGACUGGUUAUUAAAUAGUUUUUUAAUCUUCA